AUGUUAGAUGAAAUUCAUAGACAAGAACGUGAAGAGAUGGAAAAGAAACUUCAAGCAAAAGAUGAAGUCAUUGAAUCCAAAGACAAAAACAUACAGAAAAGAAUACCACGUUCGGUACCAAAAGGAAAGGAAAAGAACUAUAAGUAUAUGAUUUACACUGAAGAGAUGGAAAAUGAAGAAGACAGAGAUAUGGUUAUGUUGCAUUUAGUCAGAAGAAACAACAAAAGCUUUUACGACCUUGCUAAGAUUUACAAAUCUGACAGAAAUUGGUUCUAUCGCGAAAACUUACCGAUUUCAAUGACACCGAAUGAAGAUGUGAAACAAAUAGUUCAAGAUACGUUACCUCAAACACACUAUGAUAUGAAAGGUUGUACAAUACUUACCUUCAAAGAAGACUUACCGCUACUGAAGGAAAAAAUAACAGAGUAUUUUGACAACUUCAAACAAGUAGGGUAG